CCCGCCGUCAUGUUCACGGGGAUGCGGACGGAGAACCGGGGGGACUCGGGGGUCCCGGAUGCUGCGGCUCUGAGGCAACAGAGGAGGCUGAAACAGGCGAUCCAGUUCCUGCAUAAAGACUCAGCUGAUCUGCUGCCUCUGGACGGACUGAAGAAGCUCGGGACAUCCAAGCAGGGGCAGCCACAUCAUAUUCUCCAGAAGCGCCUGCUGGAGGCCAAACUGUCCCGGGGCAGGAUGAGCAUGUGUGGAGUGACCCCGAACAAUGGAGGGCUCCUUCUGAGUUGUCGUCACAUAAAUUCACAUGAGGAUGAGGAAGAGGAGGAGGAGGAUUUCAUCUACGUGCCCUGCAAGUGUUUAGGACAACAGGUGAAUGUGCUGAUUGACACCGGCUGCAAACUGAACCUGAUGUCCACGCUAACCGUGCAGAGAUUUGGUUUGAAAGAACUGGUCGAGGAGAACAAAAGGGAGGCGGGUGGCUUUCCUUUUCAGCGGAAGCUUUGCAUUGACGGACAAAUCAAAGGACUCGGCCUGGCCGUCGGAGAACUCAGAAUAAUGUGCUCCUUUGCUGUAGUAGAAUCUAACAGGCCCCUGAUGUCUCUGGGUAACAAGACAUUAAAGUCACUCAAGUGUGUAAUUGACACUGACAAGCAGAUGUUGGUGUUCGGGACAAACGUGAGGGAGCAAGUUCAGUUUGCCAAGAAGCCGUUCAAUGAAAGUUACGACUUCAGCGACCAGUGAUGCUGACUUCUCUUCCCCAACCACGCGGUGACCGAAAGCAGUCGUAUUAUUUCCUCUUACAACUAGACGCCUCAGUGGCAGAACUUCCGACUUCUCACCUCAUAAAUUCUCACUUUCUCUCUGUCUGUUACCUAUUUUUACACGAGGGCAGCGGUUUGCACGGCAGCUGCUCCCACAAACAGCUCCUCACGGUGCAGCACAGGCAACGAAUAGCAUUGUUGUAGCCUUCAUGUUUUAGCUGUCGCUGCAGUGGUGCGUGUUGUGCAGCUGCUAGCAAAUUAUUAACACAAGUUGUAGUGCUGUAGACUUCAAGAUUCUGAUAGAAUUGUGAUUUAUCGCUCUUGUGAUACAAAUACGUUUCGUUCUGCCAGACGUAGUAUUCUACAUUUAUAGCUGGAAAUCAGCGUUGGAGAACAAAAGUGUAGCUGAUUAACUU